AUGCCGGAACCAGCGAACGAGACCGCGAAGCAUUCUACCGCCCAGCUUUUCAACAACCCUGCCUUGUCCAACGUCAAGAUCCGCCAAAUCUACGAAGCCCAAGUUCGCAAGUAUGACGCGAAAAAAAGCCAUUCUCUCCUUAGAAUCGCCGUACUUCACUAA